AUGAAGGUUUUGCUACAAGUGGCUGCAGCACUCUCGACGUUGUCGAUGGCAGCAACGGCCAUUAAGCCCGUCGAGCACGUCCUGGACACCACGUUGCGUGGCAACAACGACAGCUUACCGGGGAUCAAGGACGCCAAGUGGUAUUGGGAAAACGACCACGAAUUCACCUCCGAGAAUCUCGAAUUCUUCGAAAACUUCAAGCCCCACGACGAGAACCAGACGUGUUCCAGUGACCGACACGCUACUCCAUUCAACAAGCAGGUCCGCGGUGCCAAUCUCGGUGGUUGGUUGGUGCUGGAGCCGUGGAUCACCCCCACGCUCUUUUACCAAUUUCUAAGUACACAAGAGCGGUUCGGCGACAAGGCCCCCGAGAAGACGGCAAUGGAUAUGUACACCUUCUGCACGGCACUAGGCAAGGAAGAAGCCAAUCGCCAACUGCGUAUUCACUGGGCUACCUGGGUGACCGAAGCUGACCUGAAAGAGAUGGCUGAAGCCGGCGUGAACUCGCUCCGUGUACCGGUGGGCGACUGGAUGUUCAAUCCGUAUGAGCCCUACAUCGGCUGCACGGACGGCGCUGUCAAUGAACUGGACCGUGUUGCUAACCUCGCCUACAAGUACAACAUCGACUUGCUGCUGGACAUCCACGGACUCGUCGGUUCGCAAAAUGGCUUCGACAACAGUGGGAUGUCCUCGUCUGUCAAGUGGACAUCGAUUGCCAGCACUCGUCCAAUCGGAACCACCACGUUCGAGCACUGGCCGCUACGCUCCGCCGGGUGGGCUGGCGAGUUCGACCUUGCUACGAACACGUACAAAUCCAUUAACUACGAGCAUUUAAACCAUUCACUUACAACAGUGGCGGUCAUAGUCGAGCGAUAUGCCAAGCACCCAGCCAUCAUCGGUCUAGAGCCCGUCAACGAGCCGUGGGAACUCACGCCCAUUGACCUCUUAAAAGAUUACUACUGGAAGUCCUACAAGCGCGUUAAGGCCCGUGCGCCGCACUGGAAAUUUGUGCUGCACGACUCGUUCCGGUUCGGUGUCCAGUAUUGGUCGCAGUUCAUGCGCGGUUGCCCCGAUAUCGCCCUGGACACCCACAUCUACCAGGCUUGGAACGCCCCCGGUACCCGAUCAGACUACUUCUCUAAUGCCUGUCAGCAAAAGUAUAUGAUUGCCGACAUGGAGAACGCUAUGAUGCCUGUAAUUGUUGGUGAAUGGUCGCUGGGCACAGACAACUGCGCCAUGUGGCUAAAUGGCUUCAAUGACAAUCUGCCGGGUUUCCCUAACAUUCAGUGCCGCAUGACACAGUGCCCCGUGCACAGCACCUACCUCGGCCAGGGAUUCCCCGGCACUCCGUUGGAUAUUACAAGGCCAAUUCAAGGUCCGUACGGCACUGGCCAAUCCGGUCCGUCGUUCGGCAAGUGCCCGAUCACCAGCAACACGUCGUUUGGCCAGCAAGACGACACCGACGAGCGCGAGUUCACGCGUAACUUGAACAUGAAGAAGCUGAAUGCAUUCGCCGUUGGUCACGGCUGGUACUUCUGGAACUUCAAGACGGAGUUUGGCUCGCGUUGGAACUUCCUGGAGCUGGUUCGUAAGGGCGCUUUUCCCAAGAAUGUGUCGAAUUAUCGCUCCGACGAGGAAGUCUUCUCGGCUUGCCUGGCUGAGGACAAGGGCGCAUUCGUCUGUGCGGCAAAGCGUGGAGUUCAUCGAUCGGACCUCGAGAGCGGCUUGGAUUUUGCCUGUGGUGGCGACGAUGGCAAGGUGGACUGCACCGACAUUGACAAGCGCUUUACUACGAUCGAGGAGCGCUGUGACUGGGCGUUCAACGAGUACUGGCAUGCUCACCGUGAGGAAGGCGCUACAUGUGACUUUGGCGGCGCAGCACACCUUAUGACGAUCCCCAGUCCGUCUAGCGUCGAGCGUCAGGAAUUCCUGACCGCCUCCGUUAGUAAGGAAAUCCUUGUCUGGACCCUCGUGUGUGCUGCAGUGGGCUUAAGUGGACUGGCUGUCGUCAUGGCUGUCACGCGCCACAGAAGACGGCAAGAAUACUCUCCUUUGAUCGGCCACGUCGUGAACGUUUGA